CGCAUGUGGGGCACAUGUGUCUGCCCAUCGGGAUUUCUGGAUUAUCCCUACCCCUGGUGAAUUCUUCUUGCCGGAACUUCCUUCAGAUUUAAGGAUGAAGGCGAGAAGAAAUAAAAAACAGGUCCCGAGCUUUAGGAAGUUGCUAAAAACUAGUAAAGUCAAACUUGAGAACAAGCUGAAAAACAAGCAAUUUAAACAACAAAGCAAUCUUAAGAAGUACCGAAAAGAACAGAGGAAACUAAGGCAAGCUGUAAAAGAUGCUGUGUCUAAGAAACCCAUUACACUGGAGGAGCCAAAGAAAAAACGACCAGGUAAAAGGAUUGAGAGGGAAGAGGAGGAAGAAGAGGAAGCCCUUCCUUUAGAUAUGAUGGAUGAAGAUGACUUACAGUUAAUGAAAGAUUUAGGACAAAGAGCGUCUUUUCUAACGAGAGAUCUUUCUUCUAGUGAGCCUGUUCACAACAAGAAACGAAAGCAUGAGCACGUUAUAGAUAAAUAUGAAAAAAUACCAAGAUCUCUACAAACUGCACCAGAGAAGGAAUUGAUUCACUUGCUUCCUAUCAAAGAUAAAAGUGGUAUAAUCCCACAGACCAGGGAGAAGCCAGUUGCUGACACUAACCAAGAUGAAGAGGAUCAAGAAGAGAUGGAACUUGAGGAAGAGAUCAUUGAAGAUCCUAUUCGAGAGCUGACCAUAGAAGAACAUUUAAUUGAGAGAAAGAAGAAACUACAGGAGAAGAAAUUGCAUAUUGCAGCCUUGGCAUCUGCCAUAUUAUCAGAUCCAGAAAGUAAUGUUAAAAAACUGAAAGAAUUACGUUCCAUGCUGAUGGAACAGGAUCCUGAUGUGGCUGUUACUGUUCGAAAGCUGGUGAUCAUUUCUUUGAUGGAGUUAUUUAAAGACAUUACUCCUUCAUAUAAAAUCCGGCCCCUAACAGAAGCAGAAAAAUCCACCAAGAUCCGUAAAGAAACCCAAAAGUUAAGAGAAUUUGAAGAAGGUCUUGUUAGCCAAUAUAAAUUUUAUUUGGAAAAUCUGGAGCAAAUGGUUAAAGACUGGAAGCAAAGGAAGCUGAAGAAAAGUAAUGUCGUUUCCUUGAAGGCGUACAAAGGGCUGGCGGAAGUGGCCGUGAAGAGCCUGUGCGAGCUGCUGGUGGCACUGCCUCAUUUCAACUUUCACAACAACAUCAUUGUCUUGAUCGUGCCUCUCAUGAAUGACGUGUCAAAAUUGAUAUCUGAAAUGUGCUGUGAGGCUGUCAAGAAACUUUUUAAACAAGAUAAAUUAGGCCAAGCUUCCCUUGGCGUAAUUAAAGUGAUUUCUGGUUUUGUGAAGGGCAGAAAUUAUGACGUUAGGCCAGAGAUGUUAAAAACAUUCUUGUGCUUAAGAAUCAAAGAAGUAGAAGUGAAAAAAGACACAGAGGACAUUAAUAAACCCCAAAAGUUCAUGACUUUCAAGGAAAAAAGAAAAAAUCUAUCAAGAAUGCAGAGAAAGUGGAGAAAAGCAGAAGAGAAACUGGAGCGCGAGCUUCGGGAGGCGGAAGCGUCGGAGAGUGCCGAGAAAAAACUGCAGCUGCACACGGAGACGUUGAAUAUUGUAUUUGUAACCUACUUCAGAAUAUUGAAGAAGGCCCAGAGGUCACCUCUCCUGCCAGCAGUUCUAGAAGGUCUUGCCAAGUUUGCUCACCUUAUAAAUGUGGAGUUUUUUGAUGAUUUACUAGUAGUUCUACAUGGUCUCAUUGAGUCUGGUAACCUAAGCUAUCAAGAAAGUCUUCAUUGUGUCCAGACUGCUUUUCAUAUUCUUUCCGGGCAAGGUGAUGUUCUGAAUAUCGAUCCAAUGAAAUUCUAUACACAUCUUUACAAAACACUGUUCAAGUUACACGCAGGAGCUACCAAUGAAGGGGUUGAGACUGUGCUCAAGUGCCUGGAUGUCAUGCUAACCAAGCGCAGAAAGCAGGUUUCUCAGCAGCGAGCCCUCGCCUUCAUCAAGCGCCUUUGUACCCUCGCUCUUCAUGUUCUUCCCAAUUCAAGCAUUGGCAUUUUAGCAACUAACAGAGUAUUAAUGCAGACUUUCCCCAAAACAGAUCUGUUGCUUGACAAUGAGUCUCAGGGCAGUGGGGUGUUCCUGCCUGAGCUGGACCAGCCUGAGUACUGUAAUGCUCAGAACAGUGCACUCUGGGAGCUGCACGCGCUGCGGCGACAUUUCCAUCCCAUAGUGCGGACACUGGCAGCUCACCUCAUCGCGGGGGCCCCCGUGGAAGGCUCUGAAGCCCUCAAACCAGAGCUGAGCCGAAGGUCUGCUGUAGAACUCUUCGCGGCUCACAGCAUGGCGGCGAUGACAUUCAACCCUCCCGUCGAAACCUUGGGCUCCAGGAGGAAGGAUAAAAUUUUACAAGGGAAUGCAUUUUUGAAUGAAGAUUUAAACCAAUUAACCCAAAGACUUUGCAAUGAAGUUGCUACUCAGCUUCCUCUGGAUUUCACCAAAUAUUUGAAAACAUCACUACGGUAGCAGAAGGAUGGAGAGCCAGUGGACUUUCCUGUACAUGUGUGUGUUUGUGCAGCUGCACCUAAAGAUAAGGGUUUAUUUAGGACCUUCUCUUUUAUACAAGGAAAACCUCCAAAAAAAAUCAACACAGAAUUAGGGCACAGGGUUCGGCCCUAAUUCUGAAAAUGUCCUUUCAUUAAGAAAGUAGAAUCAGAACCCUUUUCCUCCCCUAAUAUUUGGAAACUUUAUUAAUGAUGUUGCCUUUUUGGAAUUUAAUAUACAUAUUAAGUUAACCGUUUUUUAAAAAAUCUGUGGACUGAGUUUAUUGAGAUGCAGUUGCUAGAUUAAAGUGAGGGCAGAGACCACAGGAAAAACAAGACAGUGAGAUUGUUUUUUACAGUUCAGCUACUCUUUAUAAGCAAAUACAUUUAUUUUUAUCACACCACCAUAGUGAGAAAAAUUCUAAAUUCACGUGAGUAUAUUUUUAUGAAGAUUUUUGAGAAAAGAAAAAAUAGCUUGAAAUUGGACACCAGGUUCAUUGGCUAUUGCUGGAUGGUCCACUUCUCGAAGUAACCUGACCUGGCCUUUGGGAAAAGCACUUGUGCUCAUCACGGCUACUUUCAAAGGAAGUUUGACUGUGAUUCUCGUCUCUUCGGAGCCGUCGCGGUUCCUGACCUGCUCUGGAGGGGGCUGGGGAAGAGCUGCUCCGGGUGGAAAACCCAGGCCCCGGCUCUCACCGUUCUGUUUUAAGGAAAAGGAAGGGCUUUCCCCCCCCCUCCCCUCUCCCUUGUACAGGUAUAAAAUGCCUUAUUAUAAAGCAUUAUUUUAUGUAACAGCUGUUGUCAUAUUCUAAGAAUGGACUAUGAAAUACGUUGUUUUAAUGACCAGGUUAUAACAAUUUCUCCUGUAAA